GGGGCGGGCUGCCCUGUACCUGUGAAGAGUCCGGGAGUCACCGAUACUCACUUGACACUGUGACAGCCUUUGACAUAGUACGUAUAUAGCCAGACUUGGCCACUAGUCCACGCUACCUCAGCAGCACUAGUACUCAUGUUCCAAAGUAUUUCGUCUUGGUGGUCAUCGACACCGACACCGACACCCGCACCCGCCCUGAAAGAAAAAUAUGAUCCCACAGACCCUAAGAUGAACCCUCUCAACCCUCAAGGUCUUAAACCAUGUUGUGCCUGCCCAGAAACGAAAUCCUCUCGCGAUGCUUGUUUUCUACAGAAUGGAAACGAAGAAGGAAAAUGUGCUGAGGUACUCAAGAAGCAUGUCGAAUGCAUGCGAGGGCUCGGAUUCGACAUCUAGUUGCCGCGAUCAUACUGCCGGUAACGCCGCGCACGCAGCAACUACCCGACUCCCGUUGGCUGGCACCAGAUUUUUUGGCCAGUCGUAGAGAACCCCCUUGUUUCAUUGAUAUCAAAACACGCAGAGAGAUGAGUCUAUACUUACACCCCCACUUUAUUUCGUCUAUCGAUAGUUCCCCACUCAUUUGUUUUUAAUGAGAUCAUCACAUACAUUUGUAUGACCCUCCACGACAGAGUCACAUGGUUCUUGGCCUUCCAUCCGAGUCGUUCCUUUGCCUCUGGUUUGUCACUUGUGAUGUAGCGGGAUGGUUGUGGUCCUUACUGCUUUAUGAUUCCGCUGACCCAUGGCAUGUUAACUUCCUCGCAGACCAGUCCAUCGAGUCGUCCUUUCUCUCCCAGACGUGUUUCACUACCAAUACAUUUCCCGCUACGUCAUUUACGUUCGCGUUGAUGCACACUAACCUCCGAAUCAACGCGUUGGGUGUCA